AUGAGCGUCAUCGAAGCGCUGUACAUUUUCGACGAGCACAACAACCUGCUCUUUGAUCAUGUCUAUACGAACCGCCCACCACCACCUUCGACUCUCCUCCCUCUCUACCUACAGCAUGCCUCUCCGCGGCCGAGCGUAAGCUACCUCACGUCCACGAGUCCGCCUACUAUCCUCUUCUCCGUCAUACAGGACAACCUUCUACUGCUGUCACCCUCCUCCAGCGACAUCGAACCUCUUCUGGUUUUGGAAUUUCUCCAUCGCGUUGCAGAUGCGCUAGAAGAAUUCCUGGGCAGCCCCUUGCUCUCUACAAAGCUUACCGCCAAUUAUGACAUUGUUGCGCAAGUCGUGGCCGAGAUGGCCGACUCGGGUGUGAUAUGCCAAGGUGAAGCGAAUGCGCUGCGAGACGUGGUAGAGACGGGUCCUGGAGUGCUGAAGAAUCUCCUCGGAGGAGUGGGUCUACCUGGAGCAAGUCCCGCGCUUCAAGGCCCGGGAGCAUCAAAUCUAUACCGUCCACAGGUGCUUGCUCAGUCACAGACCAGCCAAGGGUCGGCAGUGCCGUGGAGAAGAAGCAAUGUUCGGCAUACCAGUAACGAGCUGUAUGUGGACAUCGUGGAGACACUUUCCGUCACGCUCGCACCAUCAGGAAGACCACUGGCAGCAUUUGCCAAUGGUAGCAUCGCGUUCACAUCGAAAGUCAGUGGAGUGCCGGACUUAUUGCUGAGCCUGUCGACUGGAGGGAAAGGUGCCGGGAUGGGAAACAGAGGAGAUCAAUUACGGAAUGUAAUGGAGCGGGUAGUAUUCCAUCCAUGUGUGAGACUGAACAAAUGGAAGAGCGAAGGGGUGCUGUCAUUUGUGCCUCCGGAUGGAAGAUUCGCUCUUUGCGGGUACGAAGCAGAUCUGCUCGGACCGAACACUCCAUUGACCACGAACAAUUCCUCCUCAAGUAAUCUGGACCUCCCUGCGAAGAUCGAGAUCACGACUGGGAUGGGUUCCGUCGGCACGGAGUUCGAAGUCCGUGUUUCGCAGUCCACUACGAGUAGCUCCGGUGCUCGCUCUCCUGCUGCGGCCUCGUUACAGUCAAAUCUUGGUGUUAAUCGAUCAGGCCCGUUCAGACCGCCAGCCGGGGAUUCGAAGUCGCCAGCUCUGGAGGACCUCACCAUCCACGUGCCCAUUCCUGCUUCUGUCCGAAAUGUCAGCGAUCUGAGGCCGACUCGUGGAGAGGCGAGCUGGCAGGCAGCAGAGUCGACCGUUGAGUGGAAGAUCUCUCCCAAAGAUCUUGGUCCCGGUGGCGUUGUCCUGAGAUGUACGGUUCAAGGUCCUCUCUCUGAUGAGGACGCCGAUGUUGGCACUAUCAACGGCAUGUCAGCGACGACGUAUGACUAUGAUGAGGAGAACGGUGCGGAGUACCAGUCGUCACAGGACAGAAAUCCUGGCUCAAUAACGCCUUCGAAUGGCACAGACCGAAAUGGGAAGAUCGAGAAGAACAAGGAUUUGAUGCCUACAUGCGCCCUUCUCAGCUUCAGUAUCAAGGGAUGGCUGGCGAGCGGGCUGAAGGUGGAGAGUCUACUGAUCGACACGAAGAAGAGCCGCGGCUUAGGCCCAGAGGUCAAGCCUUACAAAGGUGUCAAGUACCUGACGGUCAGCCGGCAGGGCAUAGAGCUCAGGUGCUAG